UCUAAGCGACCAUGGCUUUUAUGGGAGAUUUGGAAGGCUCGGAAUGCUGUCUUAUACUCAGCCAGAACUCCGGAUCACCACUUUGUCAUCGCUACCGCGUUAGAAGAAGCAGAGGAAUGGUUACAACAGAAUCAACAAACUUCGCAGGAGCGGGAGUGGGAUUCUAGGAACCGUAGCCGAGCCCAUCGGUUCUGGACUAAACCAGCUAUUGGAGUUCUUAAGUGUAACUUACACUCGUCUUGGAUAAAUGAGGAUAGCUUUUGUGGAGGAGCUUGGAUCAUAAGAACACAUACGGGGGAUGCUCUGUUCCAUGCACGGGAUGCUUUUUUACCUUUCUUCAACAGAAUUGCAGCGGAGCUCCACUGUAUCUUAUGGACUCUACAAAGCCUUCAUGAUCUUCAUAUCUCUUCCUGUGAGGUGUGGACUGAUUGCGCGGCUGCAAUUUCCGGCCUGGAGAAUCCACAUGAAUGGCCAAAAUAUCGUUCUGUCCUUGGAAGAAUUUUGCAGGUUGUACGGGUGAUGGGGGAGGUGUCUUUCAAGCUCUCUUCACCGAAAGCCAACUCAUUGGCUAGGGAGAUAGCCUGCAGUGUCACCAGAGACGGACGCCUCACCUCCUAUUUGGCGCUAGGAGGACCUUCAUGGCUUCAAGAUCGUAUCGACAAAGAUCGUCGUUCCAUUGGUUAACUCUUAUUGGGUUUAUUUAUUUUUCUUUCUUUGGGUUGUUUAAUUAUUGUUCUCAUUUUCGUUCUGCAACUUUGUACCUCUUCAUUUCUCAUAUCA